UCCCUUUGAGGACGUGCACAAUAGUGCCACCCUAGGUUCCAUGCGACAGGCUAGGGUCGUGCAGGCCCCUAAUGCUGACGAUGUUGAUCCUCCAAUAAAGGCUACAAAGCAGCAGCAAGCAUUUUAUGACAUCAUAAGGUGUUUUGGCAAUGCACGGAGCAGUGGCAAAAACAUGGAUGCCAUCAAAGAAACAAAAAUUAUCCAAAGCUCUUCGGCAUACGUUGACCUAGGUGAUCUUGCUAAGUCACUCAUGCCCAAUGGUAGACUGUCCCGGAAUGUUGUUGCUGGUAUUGAUUUCAUAAAAGAAAAAGUUGACAUCCACUGCGACAAUAUUAUCAUGUCCCCAACCAUUACCAGGAGAAUCUGGGAGGGAGAUUUCUCUCACCGUGAAGUCCGCAAAGCUUUUGCUCAGCAUGGUGACUCGAAGCUCACAUUGAAGAAAUUUGUGAUGUUUACCAUGUACCAAGAACUCACUCCCGAUUACCCGGUGGACAAAUGUGGGCAUUACUACACCGUGUGCAUCAACCUGAGGAUACAACGAUUUUAUGUCCUUGACUAUCUCCGUUGGGGAGAUGACGAGACUCUUCGCUCGCAUGUAGAGUUCUUCAUUGAAAACUUGAAGCAGACCUGGUUGCGUCACUACGAGAGUUGUAAGGUGCAGAUCAAUGAUUUUCCUAUUGAGUACGUCAAGACGGGGAAGAAGGGGACAACUCGUGACUGUGGCAUCUACCUACUCAAGUACCUUGCUAAAUGGAAAGGAAGGAAGUUACCAACACUCAACAAGGAAAUAGUAUAA